ACGUCGCCCGCGCGUUCGCAUACCAGCCAGCUGCAUAUGGCAUCACGCUCUGGAAGCAGUCCUCAACAACUUGCUUGACUUUAAACCACCACUACAACCCCUCCGAGGGUCUUUCUACAUCCCUCUCUGGUCUCUCUCCUUUCUCGGGUUUCUAUUUCUAUUGCGGCUUUGGCUAGACUUCAUUUGAUAUGGCAAAGGGCCUGCUCAGCGCCCUCGACGCAUUCGGCAAGACUACGGAAGAUGUAAAGGUCAAAACACGGACGGGUGCACUUUUGACCAUCCUUUCGUUUGCUAUUAUUCUGGCGUUUACAAUUAUGGAGUUCUUUGACUAUCGGAGGGUUAACAUUGAUACGUCGAUUGCUGUUGACAAGAGUCGAGGGGAGAAGCUUACUGUGAAGAUGAAUGUCACCUUCCCGAGAGUACCAUGCUACCUCCUCAGUCUGGACGUAAUGGACAUCAGUGGUGAGACCCAAACUGAUAUCUCCCAUAACAUCAUCAAGAGCCGUCUGGACGCUCAAGGCGUACCCGUCCCGAACUCACACACCACCGACCUACGAAACGAUAUUGACAGGCUGAAUGAGCAACGUCAGAACGGAUACUGCGGUUCUUGCUAUGGUGGUGUAGAACCAGAGGGUGGUUGCUGCAAUACUUGUGAGGAUGUCCGUCAAGCGUAUGUGAACCGUGGCUGGAGUUUCAGUCAACCGGACGCUGUGGAACAAUGCGUGAAUGAAGGUUGGUCGGAUAAACUUCGAGACCAAGCAAACGAAGGAUGCAAUAUCGCUGGCCGAGUCCGCGUGAACAAGGUUGUUGGAAACAUCCACCUCUCUCCAGGUCGCUCGUUCCGCACGAGUUCACAGAACAUUUAUGAGUUGGUCCCUUACCUGAAGGAAGACGGCAACCGUCAUGACUUCACUCAUACAAUCAACGAGUUCGCGUUUGAAGGUGACGAUGAGUAUGAUUACUACAAGGCAGAACUUUCGACGAAGAUGAGGAAGAAAAUGGGUAUCGUUGCGAACCCUCUAGACGAUACUACGGCCAAGACGACCAAGCAGCAAUAUAUGUUCCAAUACUUCCUGAAGGUCGUGUCCACUCAGUUCAGAAGUUUGGAUGGUCAGCUCGUCAACACCAACCAAUAUAGUGCCACGCACUUCGAACGUGACCUAUCCAAAGGUCACUCUGAGAACAAUAAUGCUGGCCUUCACGUCGCGCACACGAUGACCGGUGUACCCGGCGCAUUCUUCAACUUUGAGAUCUCGCCAAUCCUCGUGGUACAUACGGAGAAUCGACAAUCAUUUGCGCAUUUCGUCACCUCAACCUGUGCUAUUGUAGGAGGAGUGCUUACGGUAGCAUCUCUCAUCGACGGUGCUCUAUUCGCUACCAGUCGCGCUUUGAAGAAGGGUGCACAUGGAUCUGUGGUGAAUGGUGGAUAUGGGAAUGGGAAGCUCAUACAGAGAACAGCGUGAACGUUAUGUAACUGAUUUACGCGGUGUGCGGCGGGAGAUGCAGAUAAAUUUGGUCUGGAGAGCAAUACACUAUGUAUAGUCCA